AAAGACGCAAGACUUGGUCUUUCGAAAUCGUGACUUCAGAACUGCGCACUUAAAAUCAAUAACUGUAAGGGCCACGCUCUAUACCUAAAUGUGAAACGCCCAGGAGUAACGGGAACAGUCCGAACAAUGUCCGACGAAGAAGAAGACUCGGUGUCCGAGGGCUUCUCUGCCAGCGAAGAUGAGUGGAAGCCCAACAAAGAUGCUCGUGGAGGCGAAUCAUCGGACGACGACGAUAGCGAAUUUGAUGAGAUGCAAGCAGCAGGGGCGGCUGGUGCUGCAGGGCCUAGUGGCCGAUCAUCUGCGGGCGCAUCAAAAAAGAGGGAUCAGAAACCGCCGAGCGGCAUAAAGGGAGCUUCAGUAAAGAAGCGCAAGCCAAGUGGGCAAUCUCUGCGCUCAAAGCUGUACAACAAGUACCGGCCGCCGCCCAAAACGUUUCAAACUUCACCCUCUCAGCAGAACUCGCCAUCAGCGUCGGGUUCAAAAAACGCAAGAACGCCCAAUGAAAGCGGUUCACAGGAUCGGCAGUAUGCUGAUUCCAGCAGUGAAUCCAGCGUGGAGGACUAUUUGGUGAAUCCUGCCGACCUCGAUCUGCGCUCGAGCUUCUUUUCGGCUCAGCCACCGUCAAAGGAUAAAUCGCCAGCGCCGCAAUUCGAUUGCAAUGCAGGUGUUAAAAUUCUCUCCGACUCCGGUUCCGAGGAUAACAACGACAGCAGCGUCGAGGACAAAGCGACCAAUGCGUUUGACUUCCGCGGGCUCCUAGAGAAUGCCAACAGUCUGGAGCGCACCAGGGAUGCACUGGCCAGACGCGCCGUCACAGCCGCAUCGCCGAAAAACCGCGCCGCAACAAUGGAUGUCAAUGCACUGCUUGCAUUGGGCGAAAAUCCAAAUCAGAACUACGCCAAGGCUAUCGAAUCUGAUAAGGACGAGGUGAAGGAGGAGCGAGCAGGGCGACGAGCUGCAGCAGAGGCCCCGCCGCCUCCCUUGGACGGACCGCCUCGUCUAAGCAAGACCAAGUCGACGCGCAUAAAGCGGCACACCAAGACGCGGCCCGUGUCCACUGUGGUGGCUGCUGCUCAAGACACAGACGACUCCGAUUUUGAGGAAGUGGCAGACGCGGAACUUGGCAGCGACGAGGAUGGUGCCGCCACUCCGAACAUCUCUGGCGAUCUGGAAAUCCACAUCGGCCUGCAGUCCGGCCACGUUACCAAGGAGCAGAAGAGCCAGCACGAACUGGAGAUGGCGCUCAAGCGUCGGCUCAACCGCGACAUUAAGGAUCGAUAUCAGCUGCAGCACAAGGUCAGUCUGCUGGCCCAAAUGACCCGCAGCAUGCUGUACAAUCGCCUGCUGGGCGACUCCGAGCUAAUGAACGGGGCAUUGAAGCUGCUGCCCAGCAGGAAUGCCUAUCCCACGGAGCGGGGCACCGAGCUGAAGUAUCUGCAAUCCUUUGUCACCUGGUUCAAAACUGCCAUCAAACUACUGAGCCCCCACUUGUAUCCCGAGCGAACGGCGGGUACCAAGCAGGGCAUUGUCAAAGAGCUGCUCACGCAAAUUUCGCGUAAGGAAGCUCGCUGCAAGCAGGAUAUGAUCUUCAUAUUUAUUGUUCUUGCGCGAGGUAUGGGCAUGCACUGCCGGCUGAUCGUCAAUCUACAGCCAAUGCCGUUGCGGCCGGCAGCCAGUGACCUAAUUCCCAUCAAGCUGAAGUCGAAUGAAGCGAAUAGGAAUCGCAGUCAGACGGUCGACUCCGAUGAUAAGAGCGACUCCGGUGGCGAAACGACGGAGCGCAAAGGUGCUGCCAAGGCCAAGCCCGCGGGGGUGAGCAGUGUAAUGAACACUAGCAAGCCAAAGCUGGGCUCCCCAACAGAACCUAAAGGACCGAAUCCCAGUUCACGCAGAUUAAAAAGUGUCAAGAAGGAGAGCGGUGCAGCUAAACCGGCCAAAAAAGAGGCUGAAGACAUAAAGCCGGGCUGUAGUCCCAUCGCAAAGUCCAGGAUAGUCAAGAAGGAACCAGAGCGGGCACUGAAAUCUGACGUGGUCGCAAGCCCUCCUAAAAGUGGUCUUAAAGCGCACUCAAAGUCCGAAAAAUGUGUCUUCGAGGAAAAACCAAGUACUUCGAAAGCAGCCAGGCCGCAGUUGUCUGCGCUAAAGCGUUCCAGUACGGUUACAGGAAUGGCGGCCGCGGACGAGAGUAAGAAAUCCAGGUUGGCUCCUGACAAUUCGUUCUCCCCAGUAGCAGGACGUACGCGCAAAGCAGCUGAAAGGCCAAUACCUGCAGCUCUGCAAAAGAACAGAGUGGGGUCCCCGCAGAAGGUCGGAUCCCCCGUCAUUCCUAAACUGGUCUUUUCAAAAGCCAAACUGCAGAAUGCCAAGCACAGUGAUGCCGAGAACGCAAAUCCCACAGAGAAGCAUCAGCCGCAGCAUAAGCAGCAGCUAGGUACGCGAGAAACACGGUCGCGUAGCAAGUCGCCAAAGGUCCACAUCUCACCCACUUUUUUAACGGGUAAAUCUGGCGCAGCAAGAGCAGAUAGCACUCCGAGCCAGGCGCUUACCAAGAGCCAAGAGGCUGAGGCUGGGGCUGGGGCCAUAACGGCUUCUGGACGGCAGCUUCGGACUCGACAGCCGAAGAUCGGAAAACAGGCCAUACCGCAGUUAGAUGGCGCCGACGACCUGCCAGUGGCCAAGAAGCGUCUGAAGUUGGAGAAGCUACAGAGGUCGCCCGACUCCGACGAAGUAUUUGAGCCAGCCAGGCCAGUGAAGAAAGCGCCGGUUCUGCCCAAGGCAGUGGAAAAGUUGCGCAAGGACAGGCGAGUCUUGUCCACAGACGAUGAGAGCGGCUCAAAAGGCAAGCCCAGGCCUGACGCAUCCGACAUGUGGGUUGAGGUCUGGUCCGAGGUGGAGGAGCAAUGGAUCUGCAUUGACUUGGUGAAGCUAAAGUUGCACUGCGUAGACACCAUCAGGAAAAAUGCAUCUCCAGGCCUGGCCUACGUAUUUGCUUUCCAGGAUGAUAUGAGUCUAAAGGAUGUGACCGCUCGCUACUGCGCCAAUUGGAGCUCCGUCGUUCGAAAGGCACGCGUUGAAAAGGGCUGGAUCGAUGAAACCAUCGCUCCGUAUCUGGGUCGUCGAACCAAAAGGGACAUCUGCGAGGAUGAGCAGCUGCGGCGCAUACACUCGGAGAAGCCCCUUCCCAAGUCCAUAGCCGAAUUCAAAGAUCAUCCGCUGUAUGUUCUCGAACGGCACCUUCUGAAGUUUCAGGGCCUCUAUCCGGCAGAUGCGCCGACUCUUGGCUUUAUACGUGGGGAAGCUGUCUACUCCAGAGAUUGUGUGCAUCUUCUCCACUCCCGGGAAAUCUGGCUCAAGAGCGCCCGCGUCGUGAAGCUGGGUGAGCAGCCCUACAAGAUUGUCAAGGCGCGUCCUAAGUGGGAUAAGCUCACGCGCUCUGUUAUUAAAGACCAGCCACUUGAGAUAUUCGGCUACUGGCAAACACAGGACUACGAACCUCCCACCGCGGAGAACGGCAUUGUGCCGCGCAAUGCCUACGGCAAUGUGGAGCUAUUCAAGGCCUGCAUGCUUCCCAAGAAAACGGUGCACCUGAGGCUGCCCGGACUGAUGCGCGUUUGCAAGAAGCUGAACAUUGAUUGUGCCAAUGCAGUGAUCGGCUUUGACUUCCACCAGGGCGCUUGCCACCCCAUGCUAGAUGGCUUCGUUGUCUGCGAAGAGUUCCGCGAAGUGGUCUGUGCGGCUUGGGAAGAAGAUCAGCAGGAGCAGGCGCGCAAAGAGCAGGAGAAGUACGAGACCCGAGUCUUUGGCAAUUGGAAGAAGCUCAUCAAGGGUCUGAUUAUACGCGAGCGUCUCAAGAGGAAGUAUAAUUUCUAAAUGUUUAAUUUUCUUUAUGUUUUUGUCGAUUGACUUCCUUCUUUGUCUCAGUUUCGAGCUCCAAAUUAUGUUCCAUUUAAAUAAACUCUGCGAUUAAU